GGGCUGCGAGAAGAAGUUUUGUACUCCUGAUGCAGUUGUGCAGCAGUGAGCAGAUGAUUCAUUGGACAGAAUGGCUCUACGAGAGGCAACACUUUUAGGAAUAAUUAUUGUAUUCUCAGGCCACAUUCAUUCUGCGUUUACAGCUCAAAAUGUAUGUAAGACAUAUGGCAGCGGCAUCUUUUAUACAUUCAACAAAACUGCAUUUCAUCUGAAGACCACAUGUCCUGUAAUGCUUACACGCUUCAGUCAUGCUGGAGUGGACUGUCAUAUCAUCGUCCAGCGUGGACCGAAUGGCCUGAUGGACAGAGUGGAGAUCAUUGUGAAUAAAGUCUCUACUCUCAUUCACAAUAACACCGUGUCAGUGGAAGGCAGCAGAAUUUCCCUUCCAUACGACCAGACAUAUCAGCACGUGUUUCAUUAUGGAAUCUAUACCAGGCUCCAAAGCAAAGUUUUGCCAUUGUCUGUCACAUGGUACAGUGUAGAUAAUGGCGCCAGUUCACUUUGGAUUCAGCUAAACCAGGAUUUAGUGGAGGGUAUGAGUGGACUUUGUGGUUACAAGAACAGCUCAGAAACUAUGCAGCAGCUGAUAUCCACCAACGUCUUCUCCGAUGGCCAAUGCCUGACACAAGACUCUGUUGUGAAGGCAGACACAGUGUGUCAAAGUAUUUUGUCCCAUGCUUACGAAUGUCUGGCUGCUAAAUAUCAAACCUACCUGAAUCUGUGCUAUAAAAAUAUGAAUGGAUUAUGGCAUAAGGAAUCAAACUGCUCCUUUUUUAAAGAGCUCUCGCUUAUUUGUGGGAGCUCCAGUCCAGUGUGGUCAGUGUGGAGAUCAAAAAGCAGCUGCUCCCAACCUCAAUGUCCUGGAGACCUGCAUUAUGUAGAGAUGGGUCCCGCUUUCCCACCAACCUGCAGCAACCCACAGAAUCACACCACGGAACUUACCGGCACCUGCCUGCCUGCUAAAGGAAAGGUCUUGAAUGAUCGGAUUGAUGGUUACCAUUCCAUCUAUGUGGAGGAAUGUCCAUGUGUGCAUGCAAAGAUGAUGUAUGCACCAAGGCAGGAACGCAAAACAAAGUGCCAGACCUGUACCUGCAUCAGAGGAAACUGGGCAUGUUCUGCAAACACAUGUCCAGCUAAGUGUAUUAUUGAGGGCCAGUUCAUCACUACAUUUGAUGGCAAACAGUAUUCUGUGCUAGACAAAUGCACCUUUGUGGCUGCAAUGGGGCUUAACUGGACAUUGAACAUUCAAUAUUCCGGACGAGGUGUUGUCAUAGAAAAGGCAUAUCUUAAUAUCAACCAGGAAAGAUAUACCUUCUCUGCAAACAGCAUACAAUUGAACAACAUAGAAAUCAGCGACUUAUCACAGACUGAGUCUACCACAGUCUUUUGGCAAUCUUCAAUGUUCGUUCAAGUUCAAACUUCAUUUGGCCUGAAAAUGCAAGUUCAAGUCUCUCCAGAAAUUCAAAUAUAUUUGAAUUUACCACCAACUGUAAACACUAAAGGUCUUUGUGGAACUUUUAAUAAUGACUCAGGCGAUGACUUCACUACUUUUAGUGGCAUCAUAGAAAGUUCAGUUCAGCUUUUUACCCAGUCCUGGUCAAUGGGCACUUGUACCCCAAUUACUGGAUGCAUCAACACUGACAAUGAGAUAUUUGCUGAGGAGAACUGUGACCAAUUGAAAGAUCCAGAAGGGGUGUUUGCUGUGUGUCAUGAUUACGUACCCGUUUCACCCUUUGUCGAGGCUUGUAUAAAAAGAACCUGUCAGUGCUCGGCUGCAUUACAGGACUGUUUAUGUGUCUCCUUUGGCAACUACGCAAAAGCCUGUGCAACACAGGGAAUCAUUGUCGGGGCCUGGAGAUCAGAAACAAACUGCAUUCCUUCGUGCAUGGGCAAUCUGAGGUUUGCUUAUGCCACAUUGGCAUGUAACCAUACCUGCCGUUCCCUCUCGGGCCCUGAUCCGACCUGUGAGGUGGUGGAUGACCCUGUGGAGGGGUGUGGAUGCACAUCAGAUUCUCACCUGAGCAACCAAGUGACCUGCAGUCCUCGCAUGCUGUGCAGCUGCCACCACCCAGGAGGCGACACACCUCCAGGUCCUGUGGUUAUUGGGGGACGCCAAUGCUUGUGUGAAAAUGGACAACUUCAUUGUCCUAAAGUUUGCAAUUGCACAGUGGGAAAGAUUUGUGUGGAUUGCGCACAAAUAGCAGUGGACACUGCCCAUAGGACAUGUGAAAGCUUGACCAAACCUGUAAGUGAUGAUAACAGCUGUAUCAGUGGCUGUUAUUGUCCAAAUGGCCUUUUCGAAGAUCAUAACGGUGGUUGUGUGGCCCAUGAAAACUGCACCUGUGAAUUCAGCGGGAAGGUGUUUGAAACUGGCCAGAGCGUGGAGACCAACUGUAAAAUAUGCACAUGUAGAGGUGGUGAAUGGUCUUGUAUAGAUGAGGCAUGUUCAGGAGUAUGUGAGGUGUUCGGAAAUGGGCAGUAUCACACCUUUGACUCCAAAUGGUACAAAUUCGAUGGCCACUGUCAGUACACCCUAGUGAAGGAUGCUGGUUCAACAGGGAAGUUUGCAGUUAAAACUGAGAGUGUUCCUUGUUGUGACGAGUCUUUGACAUGUUCCCGUGCCAUCUCAGUGGAGCUCUUGGGUGCAGUGACUCUGAUGUUGAGUGACAUGAAGGUAACUGAGACUCCUCAGACAGGGGUUGCAUUGCUGGCAGAUCCCCUGUACUCCAUCCAAACUGUGGGCCUCUACAUCAUUAUCUCAGUUCCCAGCCUGGGGAUCACUGUAAUCUGGGACAAACAUACUAGGGUCUCCAUCCAACUAGAGCCUCGGUGGAGAGGCAGAGUGUUGGGGCUUUGUGGGAACUUUGAUGGAAAGGUAACAAACGACCUUCUGACAAGCAGCUCCUCGGAAGUUUUCAGUGUUCUGGACUUUGGGAAUAGUUGGAAGACAGCAACUCCGCCAUGCUCAGAUGUAACCCAUGAAACAUUUCCUUGUGAACGACACUCCUACUGUGCAGCCUGGGCCCAGCGGCGAUGUAUGAUCCUGAGAUCGGACACCUUUAUAGAUUGCCAUUUGAAGGUAGAUCCAGAGCCUUAUUACCAAGCCUGUGUUUUGGAGUCCUGUUCUUGUGAGUUUGAGGGAAAGUUUCUUGGCUUUUGUACAGCUGUCUCAGCUUACGCAGAGGCAUGCAGUGCAAAGGACGUCUGCAUUAACUGGAGAACCCCAGAUUUGUGUCCGGUGUAUUGUGACUAUUACAAUGAAGUGGGCCAGUGCACCUGGCAUUACAAUCCCUGUGGCCAGGUUAAGACCUGUGGCACUGAUAACCACUUUACAGGAAAACUUGAAGGUUGCUACCCAAGAUGCCCUGAGGAGACCCCAUAUUAUGACAAAAACCUAGGAAAAUGCACCGCUUUGGACAAUUGCACUUGUACCUUCAUGAAUAGAGUGUUGUCACCUCCUCAUGAAAUGUGUACUUCUUAUAAAUGCUGUAAAUGCCUUGAUGGACAAUUGGUCUGCAGUUCUACAACUACGACUACAUCUACAACUACGACUACAGUUAAUUACACAUCAACAGCUCAGCCAUCUACAACAAUAAUAACCCACACAGCCACAACACAACCACCAACAACUCGGAGCACAACACAAUACAUAAAACCAACAACACAAUACACAACGAAAACAACAACUGAGAAGGCAACAGAAUCUUCAACAACUCCAAUUAAAGACACAACUACAACACAGCCACCACCAACUGAGAGCACAGCAGAACACAAAACUACAACACGUCCAUCAACAGCUGAAAGUACAACAACAACAUACACAACUACGAUAGAAGAAACAACCACAACACAACCACCACCAACUGAGAGCACAACAGAACACAAAACCACAAUACGUCCAUCAACAACUGAAAGCACAACAGAAAUGUAUACGACUCCAGUGGAAGAAACAACCACAACACAACCACCAACAUCUGAGCGCACAACAGAACACAAAACAACAACAGGUCCAUCAACAACUGAAAGUACAACAGAAACAUACACAACUCCAGAGGAAGAAACAAGUACAACACAACCACCAACUGAGAGCACAACAGAACACAAAACCACAACACUUCCAUCAACAACUGAAAGUACAACAGGAACAUACACAACUCUGAUGGAAGAAACAACCACAACACAACCACCAACAACUGAGAGCACAACAGAACACAAAACAACAACAGGUCCAUCAACAACUGAAAGUACAUCAGAAACAUACACAACUCCAGAGGAAGAAACAAGUACAACACAACCACCAACUGAGAGCACAACAGAACUCAAAACCACAACACUUACAUCAACAACUGAAAGUACAACAGAAACAUACACAACUCCGGAGGAAGAAACAAGUACAACACAACCAUCACCAACUGAGAGCACAACAGAACACAAAACAACAACAUAUCCAUCAACAACUGAAAGUACAACAGAAACAUACACAACUCCGAUGGAAGAAACAACCACAACACAACCACCAACAACUGAGAGCACAACAGAACACAAAACAACAACAGGUCCAUCAACAACUGAAAGUACAUCAGAAACAUACACAACUCCAGAGGAAGAAACAAGUACAACACAACCACCAACUGAGAGCACAACAGAACUCAAAACCACAACACUUACAUCAACAACUGAAAGUACAACAGAAACAUACACAACUCCGGAGGAAGAAACAAGUACAACACAAGCAUCAACAACUGAGAGCACAACAGAACACAAAACAACAACAUAUCCAUCAACAACUGAAAGUACAACAGAAACAUACACAACUCUGAUGGAAGAAACAACCACAACACAACCACAAACAACUGAGAGCACUACAGAACACAAAACCACAACACGUCCAUCACCAACUGAGAGCACAACAGAACACAAAACCACAACACUUACAUCAACAACUGAAAGUACAACAGAAACAUACACAACUCCAGAGGAAGAAACAAGUACAACACAACUACCACCGACUGAGAGCACAACAGAACACAGAACUACAACACAUCCAUCAACAACUGAAAGUACAACAGAAACAUACACAACUCUGAUGGAAGAAACAACCACAACACAACCACCAACAACUGAGAGCACAACAGAACACAAAACAACAACACGUCCAUCAACAACUGAAAGUACAACAGAAACAUACACAACUCCGGUGGAAGAAACAACCACAACACAACCACCAACAACCGAGAGCACAACAGAACACAAAACCACAACACGUCCAUCAACAACUGAAAGUACAACAGAAGCAUACACAACUCCAGAGGAAGAAACAAGUACAACACAACCACCAACUGAGAGCACAACAGAACACAAAACCACAACACUUCCAUCAAUAACUGAAAGUACAACAGAAACAUAUACAACUCCAGUGGAAGCAACAACCACAACAGCACAAUCACCCACCUCAGAAAGUACAACAGAAUACACAGCACAUCCACCAACAAGUGAGAGCACAACUCAACCCUCCAUACCAACAAAACAAUACACAACUGCAACUCAGCCAACUAUUAAUGCUACAACUUCAGUCAAAUAUAGCACUUCAGUGUCAACAGUGUCUACAACAGAUAUAGUAAUAAUCACUGGCUUUCCUAUCACCAGUCAAACUCCAAAGUCACCUCAAGUAAAGCAUACAACAACUAAUCCUACAACUACAACCCAUUCUCUGACAUCUGUACUCAGUACUACAAUACCUACCACUGAACACACAACUCCAGUGUGUGAGUGCAAAGAUGUGAUGCGAAAUCAAAGCUGGUUAUGUGAAGAAACUUGGAGAGAGGAUUGUGCUGAUAAAACCUGUAAUGCUGGAGUGAUUGAGGUCAAAUCCAUUACCUGUCCAACAUCCACAAUCAGGACUGACUGCCCUAGAGACAAGAAGUCUUUGGUCAGAGAUGAAAAGACUUGCUGUGAGAGCUGGCAGUGUGACUGCCAGUGUCAGGUUUAUGGAGACCCUCACUACAUCUCCUUCCAGGGGAUCGCUUUUGACUUCAUGGAUAACUGCACCUACACUCUAGUGGAGGAGCAAGCACUGCACCACAAUUUAAGCAUUACUGUAGACAACUACUACUGCGUGCAGGAAAUUGAUAAUUCCUGUUCUAGGGGAAUCACAUUAAAGUACAGGAAUAAUAUUGCCACACUUAUGGUAACAGAGGAGUUUACAGUAGAGUGUACUUUGAACCAUGAUAUUAUAAAACCACCUUAUGAAGAUCAGGUCUUCAAGUUUGAAAACAGUGAUAGCCAGGUCUACAUCUACAUCAAGCCUAUCCGUUCCUAUGUUUCUCUUUCACCUUUCAACACUCUGUUAAUCAACCUAGCAAUGGAGUACUUCCAAAACAACACCCAAGGACAGUGUGGUGUCUGUGGUGGGCAGUCGUGUAUACGAAGAAACGGUGUUACUGAAGAUGACAACUGCUGUGAUAAGACUGCAUAUGACUGGGUUGUAGAAGACCCUCUGAAACCCUACUGCAAAUCUGUGCUCACCAAUGUUCCUUGUGUCCCUCCCCAUUCACCUUCACCUUCACCGCCACUUCCACCUCCGCCAACCUGCCAUCCUACAAUAUGUGACCUACUUCACCAUAAGGUGUUUGCAGAGUGUGGUGAAAGGAUCGAUCUUACGUUGGUAGAGAAGAAUUGCCGGUUUGACUACUGUUCAUACAAUAGUAGUGUUGGUGCCUGUUCCUCUCUGGAGUAUGCAGCAUCACAGUGCAAAAGGAUUGGUAUUUGUGUAGACUGGAGAUACCUUACCAAUGGCUCCUGUGAGAUCACAUGUCCGGAAGGAAUGAUUUACAACGAGUGUCGAAAGUCUCCAAAUGAUGUCUGUCGAGGCGGUGUUCGCGUGCCUGCGACCUCUGUGGUUGGUCUGAGAUCCGGCUGCUUUUGUCCAGAAGACAAGAUGCUUGCGGAAAAACACAAGCAAAUCUGUGUGUCUGAAUGCUCAACAUGUAAAGGGCCAUUGGGUGAGCCCAUGCCGGUGGGAGCAGUAUGGGAAUCAAACUGUCACAUAUGCACAUGUAAUAACCAGACUAGAACAGAAGAAUGCAUACCCAAACCUCGACAAACCACUCCAGUCUGCAGCGCCUACUCCAUCCUGGUCUCUGACUGCUGUGACAAUCAGAUUUGCGUUGAGAAGAGUUGUGAGUACAAUGGAAAGACUUACAAGGUGGGUGAUCGGUGGACAGACCCUUCACGUCCUUGCGAGUCUUUCAGCUGUAGUCAGACAGGAACUGAGGUUGAGAAAACCGUCUGUCCAGUGCAAAUUUGUGCUGAGGAUUCACGAGUGUGGGAUGAGCAUCAUUGCUGCUAUUCAUGCAAUGUUACAUGCAGUGCCCGACUGAUGAGAAUGAACCUUACCCUUGCUGACUGCACACAGGAAGUCGAGCUGCCCAUUUGUGAGGGCCAAUGUGAGACACACAACAGGUGGGUUCAUACCAACGGCACACUUCAGCUUGAACAGAGUCACCAGUGCUGUACGGAGAGAAAUUAUGAGAUGAGAGAAAUCACGCUGACUUGCAGUAAAAACUCUCAGAACCACUUCACAUACAGACAUGUCACAGGCUGUGAAUGCAGUGUUGAAGGUUAAGUUUACCUGACAUACAAAUGUAUUAAAAUGUUAGCUACAUGUGAUUACCUUUGGUGUGUAUUGUUAAAUAUGCACAAUUAAUAAUUAGCUGCUGAUAUGUGUGAUGAUUAAGUUUCAAGCCAAACUAACACAUUUCUGCCAAUUGUGCUUUUCAGCAUGUUUUAAGUGAAUCAGCUUCAUUAACUAUCAAGUUGUCUGUGCCAAAAUCAAUGCUUUAUCUUUUGGUUUAUCUGUUUAAAUAAUAAUCAAUAUUUUAUUUUGUUUUGUCAAAAAGUGACUGCAAUUAUGUCUAAUAUAUUUCAGUUAUUGCUUUAAUUUGAUCCGUUUUAUGUUUUCUUUGUCACAUAUGAAUAAUGUCAUGCUUGUGUGUCUGUAUUUUUAACAUGAUUUCACAAACAAAUCAAACUUGUGAUUGUCACCUGAUUUCAGGUGUCAAAGCCUCAAAGGCUUUUGUAAUCCAGGAUUCAUAAUUCAUAAUAACCAUUAAUAAAAAAAAUUACACUUGUGGUAUUUGAAUGUGUAUUUGC